AUGCCGUUAAGUACGACCGAACUGCAUGCUGGAGCAACAGUAACAACCACACCCUACUGGUGCAAAAUGACUGCUGGCUUGGCACUGACGGCCAUUUUGGGAACGGCGUGGAACCUUGUGUUAGUCAGCAUAGACAGAUUUGUCUCUAUAAGAAAGCCAUUGUAUUACCAAGUAUGGAUGACUCCCAAAGUCGUCAUCACGUCAAUUGUCUCGUUAUGGGUUGUCGUUGUUAUCUGGGCCUUCAUGCCUCUAAUGGGUUGGUCCAAAAGCAUAGAUUACCAAAGAAGCUCGCUCACUCUUUGCGUUUGGCCUAUGAUCCUAGAUAACAAUUACUUCACCAUCACUUUAGUCUUGGUAUUCAUUGCCGUUUUCCUUGUUGCGAUUCUUCAAGGAAUUAUCUUUGCCAUUGCAAGGAAACAAGCCAGAUCUGUUCGUGACAAGAGCA